UGUGCCUAAACCACCAGAACCCUCCAUUACAAAACCAAAAAAUUUUGAUCAAAUUUGUAGUCAUUUUUCAAACAUGUCAAAAUCAAGAACCUCUGUUUUCUUCUUUCUCUUUCUUUUUUCACUUUCAUCAGUUCAAUCAAUUCCUCCUUCUUCAGACAUAAUUGCCCUUCAAGCUUUUACAGCUGCCAUUAAACCUUCCUCUAUUCCUUCAUAUUCUUGUUUAGGUACUUGGAAUUUCACUACAGACCCUUGCUCUGUUCCUCGUGUCACCCAUUUCACCUGUGGCCUUUCUUGUAGCUCUGGAAACAGAGUAACUGAACUUACUCUUGAUCCUGCUGGUUAUACAGGGACUCUUUCUCCGUUAAUUUCUAAACUCACUCAACUUGUUACUCUUGAUCUUCAGAAUAACAAUUUUUAUGGCCCAAUUCCUUCUUCUCUGUCUUCUUUACCAAAUCUCAAGAACCUGGUUCUUCGACUCAAUUCAUUUUCUGGGUCAGUCCCACCUUCCCUCACUUCUUUAAAAUCUCUACUUUCUCUUGAUAUUUCUCAUAAUUUGAUUUCUGGGUUACCAAAUUCGAUGAAUGAGCUAACCAGCUUAAGAAGACUUGAUCUUAGUUACAAUAAGCUAACUGGGUCACUCCCAAAAUUACCCCCAAAUCUACUAGAACUUGCAGCGAAGGCUAAUUCGUUAUCUGGGUCUCUUUUAAAAUCGUCGUUUUAUGGGUUAAAUCAACUGGAAGUUGUGGAGCUUAGUGAAAAUUCGUUAUUUGGAACUAUUGAAACUUGGUUCUUUCAGUUACCUUCGUUACAACAAAUCGACAUGGCGAACAACAGCUUUACACUCGUCAAGAUUCCAAAGGUUGUUGAUUUGAACAGCGACCUUGUCGCCGUCGAUUUGGGUUUCAACAAAAUCGAAGGGUAUUUACCGGUAAAUUUCGCGAUUUUCCCUCGAUUGUCGUCGUUGUCAUUAAGGUAUAACAAGUUCCGGGGACCGAUUCCGUUGCAGUAUAGCAAAAAGGCGACGUUGAAAAGGCUGUAUCUUGACGGUAAUUUCUUGAAUGGGUCACCGCCGGCGGGAUUUUUCGGCCGGGAAACUUCAGUUACCGGCAGUUUAGGAGAUAAUUGUUUACAAAAAUGUCCGAUUUCUUCGCAACUUUGCUUGAAAUCACAGAAAUCUACGUCGAUUUGUCAGCAAGCUUAUGGUGGGAAACCAAAGUCUUAGGUGUCAGUCAAUGUUUCUGAGAUUUUUUUUCAUCUUGGUUUUCAUAUUGUAAUUGUAGGAGUAUUAUAUUAUAUUCUUUAGAUAAGAAAUAACCCAAUAUAAUA